UGGGGCAUCUCUCGAGGCCUGAGAGGCGGAGGCAGUCGCAAGACGACUAAGGGGCGGGAGUUUCCUCCGCCUACUAUGCUAAGGUUUAGGGUUGAGCUCCUCCUUUCCGAGGGCCGGGCUGCUUAUAAGAAAGCCGAGCGCCGACGGAGGGGAACGCUUGCUUAUAUCGCCGAGGAGUGGGUCGCUUGGCUUCUUUCUCCCAGCCGCCGCCGGAGACACCCCUGAACGCCAUGCUGCUGAGUCGCCCUGCCGGCCUGUGCGCCGCUCUCCUGCUCCUCUUCCUGGCUGCUGUGGCUGCAGAGUCGGUGAGAGAAACAGAGACGAUGGACCCACAGCUCUAUCCAGAGGAAUUUGCAUCUGGUGACUUGCCAGAUGAUGAAGAUUCAAGACCUGACUUCACAAUUGAUGAAGAAGGUGGUGAUGAAUUAUCAGGUUCAGGAGAUAAUGACGAUACGGAAGAUGUCUUGUCUUCAGUCCCUGCCCAUUCUGAUGAGUCUGUGAACAAUUACAUCCCUGAUACCAAAAAGGACAGCCAGGACAAGGACAGCAGUAAACCAUUUAUGGAAGGAAAUGAAAUUAUAGUUCCCAAGAAAGACGUGCCUCUUGAAGAAGACGUGUCCAAUAAGAUAUCGAUGGCCAGCACAGCCACUGGCAGCGUCUUUGAGAGAACAGAAGUCCUUGCAGCUCUUAUUGCAGGUGGGGCAGUCGGGUUGUUGUUUGCUGUCUUCCUGGUCCUCCUCCUAGUCUAUCGCAUGAAGAAAAAGGAUGAGGGUAGUUACGACCUUGGCAAGAAACCAAUCUACAAGAAAGCGCCUACAAAUGAAUUCUACGCCUAAGGCUUGCCAAUGCCACAUACCCACUUGGGAGACAGAGACAGACUUUGUAAAAAGCUUUUGGACCGCAGACAAGAAGCUCUGAACAAAUGCCUAUCCUUGGAUCUCAUGUCAAAGUGAUUUUUUUUUAAAAAAAUCUGUUUUGUGGCCCUUUCCAUCCCACUAACUAAUGAGGACACAAAGCAAAAAAGAGCAGUAUAUAAAAGAGAACCCCAUUGGGGUGGGGGUGGGGCAGCGGUACAUGUAUGUUCUUAAAAUGCAAAGCAAAUUUGCCAAAUUUUUAUAUUUGGUUGGCUGGAGCAAGUUAGUAGGAAGCAGUAUGCAUCUGGCCGCUGUGAUCCAACUUGCCUUGCUUUGUAAAAGGUAUAAAUUCAGUUCAGCUGGUUGUUUUAAAAAAGACUGUCUUGAUGCAGGCCAGUUGUGCAAGGCAUUUCUGAAAAGAUUUUAUUUAUGCAAUCUCCUACACUACAGAGUAACUUUGUCCUGAUAGAGAGCUGUUGAAUAUCUCUAUCUAACAUCAGGGUUGGAAGAAACAGCUACAUGGGAAGAAGCAAACUCUUCUUUGAGGGGGAGCAAAGCUUGGUAGCUACAACAGAAAUUUCUUUGGCUGGCUGGGGAGGGGAGGCAAAUUUUAACCCACUCUCCAGCUGAAGAACUUUUUUUAAUGGAGGGGAAGAAAAACACCUUUAAAAUAAUAGCUUGCCUAUACAAGGUCCUAUACAAGUUUGUAGAAAAUAUUCUCAAAUAAAAUGCUUUUUUUGUAAUUUUUGUAAGACUUGAUUUUUGAUCCCUUAUUUCUUCAGGCUGGAAAUAUCUCUAGAGGUACAUGGCAUAUCUUAUAUUGCUCAUUGCCAGAACUGAAGCAGCAACUGCAGGUUGUUACAGGUUUCUAAGCUCCAAUCAUUUGUUACCCUAGGCAGUUGAGAAGAAAAUAUUUAUAUUUUUUCCAGAAUAAAAGCAAAGCUGUGUGUGUGUUGAUUUUUUUUUUAUAGAACUAUUUAUAGUUUCUAAGAUGGCUGCUCUGUUUUGGUAACUUCUUUUUUAUAUGUAAAACACUAAUAUAAUGAAACUCCUAAUGAUUGUGAAAACUAUUUAAGCUUUAUUCUGUGUAUUGUACUCCGAAGGCAAUAACCUCUGCUAGAAUUAAUGUUUAUAUGCAAAAUCAGAUUUUCUUUGUACAUGACUAGAAUAAUUGGAGGGGGGGGGGUCAUUUUUUUAGCUUUGUAAUAUAUUAUCAGUGCUAUAGAACUAUAUUUUUUCAGUAAAAGUGCACAAUUUUUAUAAAAGUAAAUACCAGAAUGGGUUUUGUGCAUCCUUCUUGCAUGGGUAAUGGUUAUUCUGUCUCUGAUCUAAUGUCUUCACAUUCUGAAUGCAGUAAUUGCAUCACAUAUGUUAAUUGAUGCUAAUUAAUGGCAGCUGAGCAAUUCACUAGAGGGGGCUUGGGGUGGGGUCUAAAGCUUGCACUUGUGUCUAUUGCCUGGGCAGAAUGAAUUCCCUUGUUGGAAGUUUGGUUACAUCUGGGCCACAUAUUGCCUCUCACCUAUAGAUGUAUCUGAGCUGGCUCAAGAGGUGAUGGCAAGAAAACUUUGGAGGCACCCAGUAUGAAUGCUUACAGCUCUCAGCAUUAAUGUUUAAAAAAAGACAAUACUGUAUUAAGCUUCUAGUUUUACUUUUAGAAUUAGUUGAGGCCAUUGGCUUUCACAAUUCAAAACUGCAGGUUUAGCUACUACUCUUUUAUGGAAGAAAGGCUAUGGUGGUGUUCUCCCCCCACCCAACUGCUGCUGACUAUACUUGUGCACAGCGAAGGGAAUAUUGAUUCCUCCUUGGUUACGGCUGCUACAGGUUCACAUUGUCGCCAUAGCUUCAACUUAUUUGCUUGCUUCUUUCUGGCAGAGCAGUAAGGAAGCCUUCAGAUGGCAUGCCUGUGCUAUGCAGGGGUCAGCUUGCUGCUACUGCACCGGGGAGGAUUUAAUGUCCUGGAGAGAUACACAAGGAGGAUGUAGCUCAGUGCUUUUUGCAUUGUAUCCAUUGUAUCAUGGCACCUGCUGUGUCAUCUCAGUGACUCACAGAAUCAAGUUGUCUGUAUGUGUGUGAUGAUGAAGUUAUGAUUGGGUGUCCCAGGAAAUAUUAGUCACUUAUGAAGUUCAUUUUGAGGGUCCAGCUUGACACUGUUGAAUCCUCUUAUUCCUCACCAACUUUUUCAAAAAGGGAAUUUCCAAACAACAGGUAGUGUGAAUUGACCAAGCCUUGCAUUGUGCAAGAUCAUCUUUAAACUACACAGAUCUUGACAUAAUCUUGAAUUUCUCUUAUGGAAUCCUGGCUUUGAGCUGUAACUUUUAAAACUUGUCUUUGCGGCUUCUUGGCUCUUGUGUUUUUAAUUAUAGCAGUCUAUAGAAACUAUCCCAGAAGUGUUCUCUUCUUAGUGACGUUGUUCCCUGACUUGAUCUGUUUUUGUAAACCUGCUUGGAUGAAAGAGGUGAGGAAUAAAAGUUGUGUGAAGGAUCCUGCUUUGGCAUAAGCAUAAGUCUUAAAAACUUUGCUGCUGGAACAAUCCAGCUGUUUGGUGGGGGAAAUAAUAUACUGAACACUUUUCUAUAGCCGUUACCUGGAAAACAUGAAUCCUGUAUCUGCUUCUGGUUGCUUGGAUGAGAUUUCUUGUAUAUUUGCUCUUUGUUUUCAUGGUCACUGAUUUGAUAAAAUAAACAGGUACUUUCUAAAA